AUUUUCAAUCCCAAUACCCGCUUUACUGUCAUGAAAUUUUAUAUCUUAUGUAUCUUACUUUCACUUUCAAUAACUACAGUCAGUCCUCUAUUAUCCGAUGAAACCGAUCAAACAAAAUUUACUGAAUGUGAAGGAGGACCUUAUCCAAAUACCAUAACAAAUAUACUAAUAUCUCCUAAUCCAUUAGUAAUAGGACAAAGCGCCUCAUAUACAUUUAAUGGAACACGAAAUGUAGAAAUCCUUAAAGGCUCCACAAUAGGAUUUUUAAUAAUCGAUGAAAAUUAUGAAACAAUACUGGAAACGAAAGAUGAUUUUUGUUCAAUUGUAGAAACAACAAAUGAAAAAUGUCCUUUACCUAUUGGAGAUUAUGAAUUUACUUAUGGAUUAAAUAUUUACAGCAAUAAAGAAUCAUCUCCUGAAAAUCUUGAUAAACCACCGAAGACUUGUCUUUAUCAACUAAUAAUUAGGGAUCCGAAAGACAUUAUUUUAUCUUGUAUACAAGGUCCUGUUGAUUUAUCUUAUGUUUUUACAGCCUCAAAUAACGGUUUUUAAAUUAUUUCUACUUAAAUAAUGUAAUUGACAAUAUAUCAUUUUAAUAUCUAUUAUUAUCAAUUAUUUUCUUAAUAUCAAUUAUUCGAUAAUAGAAUCUAAAUUUUUAACUUUUAAUUUAAACCCGUGACCAUUAAAUCCUUGUUCAACAUCCUGAUUCAAAAAAAAAAAAUUUAGUAUUGAUUUUUCUAAAAAGUU